AUGCCGUAUCACCAACAGGAGCAGGCGCGCGUUGUGAAUGUUGAUGCACCUCAUCGUUCAGAAGGUCUUACACCUUUAGCGCCAGCUCGCCAUCAAGAAGGCCUGUGCUUUGCGGCAACUACGGCAGCUCAGCGGCAACUUACAAAUUGCAAGUUCGACGGCACUGAACUUUAUCAAAGGUACUGCCAUAAGCAAGUUGAAUUUUGGUGGAAUCAGCAAGCAACACUCGAUUUUGUGAUGGGACGCCUUAUGGAGACGUUCAAGACAGUGUUUACGGCUGGGCAGUCGAUGAUGAAACUCUUUGCGCAAAAGAAGGACACAAUUAGGUCGUGGGCCGAGCCAAUUUCUGUACCUGGUUGCGGUCAGUAA